AUGCAAACUUUAUUUCGACAGACAAGUAGUUCCAAUCCGUCAAAUACCAGAAAUAAUGUCGGUUCAACUCUGCUAACAAAAGAAGAGAACCAAAAAAUAUUCUCCGAGCUUGGAGAAUACUGUUCAAGUCUUGUGAUGGGUAUAGCUGAAAUUCUUAAAGGAGAUAAAGAUAUUUGUGAAUGGAAAAAAUUGUGGACAGGAGCCAUAUGUUACGUGAAAGAUCAUCUAACAGAGGAAAUUACACUUCGAUUAAUUGACCCAGGCUAUUCUAAACCUCGAGCUGAAGAAAAAUGGCGCUUAAUUCUACAGCCAGAUACAAAUCUAAUAAAGGAACACAGUCAUCUUAUUACAUUCAAGCUAAGUACAAACAUAAUUUAUGGACUAAAUUUUUCAGUCGAAAGAGAGGCAAAUAGAUUCUUUUAUGAAGCGGUUUACUUUCAAAAAGGUAAAACAAAAUUAGCGUUUCACGCUCGAAGACAAAAUGUGGAUGAUGGAGAGGAAUCGAAUUUUUUCAAUAGCAAAAAAUAUCAACAGGACACAUGGAGUAGUCAAUCUGUGAAAAAAUUAAUGCAUUUCGAUAAGCCUCGAUCGAAACUUAGCGAUGAACGUGAUUUACCGGAAUCUUCGAAAAACAAUUCCAUAAUCGGAGAUUCUCCCAUUAUAUUGAGCGAACACAGUGAAAAAAAAUUAUUUCCGCCAAUUUCAUGCAUAAUGGAUAAUGCAUUGAAUUCGUUGAAGCAGUCUGUGCUUUUACUUCCUACAAAGAAAAUUUUCGAUGAAAAGCGAAAAAAACGAAGAAAACAAAAAGAAGAGAAAGCGACGCUUAAAAUUAGUCUUCCAACUAAUUUCAUACAUCAAGCGCAUUUGAGUAAAGACGAUAGUUUUAAUAUCGCAAAUGAUCCUGAAAUUAACAAAAUUGUGCGGGAAAUCUGCGAAUAUUUGAAUAUUGAUAUGUCGAAAGCCGAUAAAACUGAAAUUGAUAUGAUACGUCGUCAGGUGACAAUGCAUGGACCAGACAAAAUAUGCAAAUCAAUGAGGCGACUAAAUAAUCUGCGAAAAUUGAACAACGGACUUCAUUUAAACGAAAAAAAUUCUCGCAACAACCAAGCAAUUAAUAUGAGACCAACUAUGGAAGUAAAUUUUCUCAAUAAUGAAGUGGACAUGGUAAGGCAACCACCAAUUUACUCGGAAAAUAAUCUAUCGAACAAACCUUCGCAAGAAAUUCUGCAUUCUAGAGAGUCGUUGUCGAUUCUUUCAAUUAUGGUCUCUUCAUCACCCUCACCUUCGCUAUUAACCAUAUCUCAGCCACAACCACCAGUACCACAGUCCACCAUUUCACCCGAAGCUUUAUCACAGAUUGAUUCAGCAGAUCAAAACUGGUUACAAGAACCAUUCAAAUCUGAACCACUUAGCGAAACUUAUAAUCUAAAUCGGCAAACUUUGCUCCAGGAGAUCCGACAAGUCGAUAAAAUGCUUUUGAAAAAAACGCAAAUUUCGUCGCCGCAGCUCGAACCUGAGCGAAGCAAUCUGCCCAAAGUCAUCAGCAAAACGAUUGAUCAACAACGAAGAAAAGUGAAAGAAGAUUCAGAAGAAAGCGAAGAUAACGAAACAGAAAGUGAAUGGUCCGAAUGA